AUGAGUAUUAAACUAGCAUUUCCUGAUACAUCCAAUCCAAUGGUUACGCUUGUUCAAGAAGGACCAUUAUUCAUUAUGACAAUGAAAACCGGAGAAAAUCGAUUUACAACAAAAUUUGUUGAAGCACUUUUUGGAGCUUUAGAUGAAAUCGAAAAAGUUCGUAAUCAAGAUGAUAGCGAACCUGCAGCACUCAUUACUACGGGUGAAGGAAAAUUUUUCAGUAAUGGAUUAGAUUUAGAACAUGCUAUUAGCGUACCAGGAUUUUUUGAUAAUUAUUAUUUGAAAUUGUUGACAAGGGUCUUGACAUUUCCUAUCCCUACCGUUGCUGCAAUUAAUGGACAUGCCUUUGCCGGAGGAUUUAUGUUUGCUCUUGCACACGGAUAUUUAUGUAUGAACGAAGUUGACAUUCCUUCUCCUCUUCAUCCUGGUAUGGCAGCGAUAGUUCGUAUUAAAAUGACGCCUAAAACCUAUCGAGAUUGUAUUUUACAAGCUCAUAAAUUUACAUCAACAGAAGCAUUAGAACAAGGACUUGUAGAACUUAUUGUACCAGAAAAUGAAGUAUUAGCAAAAGCAAAAGAGUUGGGAUUAAAAUGGUCUGGUAAAGCAAAAGCUGGUGCGAUUUAUGGAUCAUUGAAAGAAGAAAUGUAUGUUGAAGAAAGGGAAAAAGCUAGUUGGGAUUAG